CAAGAAAUACUAAGUUUUAAUAUCUCAAAGAAAUUACCAGUUUAGGUGACCUGUCUAGUGUGAUAAAAGUUCUAUCCUAGUAGGAAAUUUGGAGGUCACCAUGUUAAAAUAUUAUUUUGCGUUUUUCUGGCUUCUGCUAUGUUAUAAAAGCGUUGCUAAGACCGAAAUUCGUUCUGGAUAUUAUCAAAAGCUACAAGAGGACAAACAGAACUUUAUAAUACUGGCUCGCACUAAACAACUUGAUGACUUUGCUUGUGUUCUUGCUUGUACACAUGCUAAGCUUGCAGAAUGCAAAGGAGUCAUUUACAGUGCUCAAGAUGGUUCGUGUUUCGUAAAAUUUGAUGAACGUGAGAUUGGAACAAUAUUACCAGAAGAUAUAAUCUUGUAUAAAGGAGAGCCGAAAGGAUGGUUUCACAAAAAGAUUUUCUAAUGUCCUUUUGGAGCACAAAAAUCGACGCUGUUUCAAUUCAAAGGGAAUAAAACUUUUAUUAUACAUCAAGAAGACAUCCAAAACCUUCUACGCUUGCAAAAUUGUUUUCUGUGUUAAUUUUCAUUUCAAAUUUUCAUUUUUUUCCAGCCGAAAAAAGAGGUUGGUUAAAUUUAUAUAAAAUUUACUCGUAAUAUUUUUUWAAAAGUGAAUAAGGA